GUGUUGUUGGCAUGAUUGGGUUCGAGACCAGUGCCUAUGGCGGAGCGCGGUGAGGGGACCGCAGGGGGGUCACACUCACGAGCCACCACCAGUGGGGCCCACACUGCGGCAACCAGGAACAGAAAUCAGCUGGUUGGGUCAGGAGUGGAGGGGUUGGAGGCUAUCGGGAGUCCCCUACCCCUACGGAAGCGUAAGAGUGGCAUCACUGAAGUUGUACACACAAAGAGAAGAAAUAGUGACAGCCAACACGAGGCAACAGUGGGUUGUAAUACUGUCAGUCCCAACUCGGCUAGCACAGCUGGCAGCACGACCAAGAGGAGGAGAGUUACCAGCAAUAGUAGCAACAGUGAAGCACGAGACGCAGAUAGUGGCGAUUGUGGCUUGGAGAGCCCGGCAAGCAAACGUCCGCGCCGGGGCAGUCACCUAGAGAGCCGGAACCAGUCAUCUGCCAGCCUGGCCGCCAACGCACCCAGCACACCCACUCGCAACCAGGACACAGAAAAGUCGCCUGGUGGUGGUGGGAUACUAAAAUCAUAUCCUCUGCGGAACCGGUUGCGGCUAAGUGACGGAGGUGGAGGAGGAGGAGGAGGUGGUGGUGGAAGUGGCGGCAACAAUCCACUCAGCGCUGGCCGGCUGGAGCAACAACAAACUCAGUCACAGUCUCUACCAUCAUCACCCUCAUCCCAAGGAGUUGCUUUCCUUGCGGAUACGUUCAGAAGACUGAGGGAAUCACGGAGAUCAUCACAGGAACAAUCAUCAACAUCAAACAAACGAAACACGCCACAGACCAAAGACGCUAGACAGUCGACAGGAUCUUGGAAAAGAACUCACGGAGCCAAAAAGUCACCUUUAUCAUCUAAACGUAGUGGUCGUAGUAAAACCAACAACACGGGGUCGUGUGCUAGUAGCAGCCAGCACUCAUCAAGGGGGUGCGGUAAGGUGAGCUUUGGUAGCAGUGGCUCCGGCAUGUCUGGAUCGCAUGGUGGCCAUGAGGGAUCGUCAUCAUCGUCAUCUGGGCCACCCCAGGCCUCCCCCCAUGGUGCUUGCUCUACAACAGGUACUCAGGGAGCCACUAGUGCCACUGGAGCACCACCUGCCACCACUAAUGCAUCUGCUUCGCUCCAUGCAGCCCCCUCCACAUCCACCACCUCUGGUCUCCUGCCAACGGCAUCGUUGGCCACGCUGGGAGCCAUUGGUGGAGGUAGUAGCAGUGGAGCCAGUGGUGGGGGCCUAGCCAGCAGUAUAGGAGGACUCAUGGGUGCACCCACAGACAGUGAGAGUGAGGAAAGUGAGAUGGGACGGCUAGAGGCUCUUCUAGCAUCACGAGGACUCUCUCCCAGCCUCUUUGGAGCUUUGGGUCCUAGGAUGCAACACAUUCUCCACCGUUCAGUCUCAUCUUCCAUAAGCUCCAAAGCACAGCAGUUGCUUGUUGGUCUUCAGGCAACUGGGGAUGAAAGUGAACAGCUUCAAGCAGUGAUAGAAAUGUGUCAGUUGUUAGUAAUGGGCAAUGAGGAUACAUUGGCUGGAUUCCCAAUUAAACAGGUGACACCAGCACUCAUCAAUUUGCUCAAUAUGGAUCACAACUUUGACAUGAUGAAUCAUGCUUGUAGAGCAUUGACUUACAUGAUGGAAGCUCUGCCUAGAUCAUCUGCUGUUGUUGUGGAUGCUGUUCCUGUGUUCCUGGAGAAGCUGCAAGUCAUACAGUGUAUGGAUGUUGCAGAGCAAUCAUUAACUGCCCUUGACAUGCUGUCUCGCAAACAUUCUAAAGCAAUAUUGCAGGCACAUGGGGUAUCAGCAUGCCUCAUGUACAUAGACUUCUUCUCAACGGGUGCCCAGCGUGCAGCACUAAGCAUCACAGCAAAUUGUUGCCAGAAUCUAACAGCUGAUGAAUUCCAUUUUAUAGCUGAUUCUCUCCAGCUACUCUCUUCCAGACUCACAUCACAGGGUGACAAAAAGUGUGUGGAGAGUGUCUGUUUGGCUUACAGUCGACUGGUAGAUUGCUUCCAGAAUGACCCAAAUAGAUUACAGGAAAUUGCUGGUCAUGGCCUUCUUUCCAACAUUCAGCAAUUACUGGUGAUGUCGCCACCAGUAUUAAGCAGUGGAACAUUCAUCAUGGUGAUGCGCAUGCUGUCUCUUAUGUGCAAUAACUGUCCUGAACUUGCGGUGCAACUCUUAAAGAACAACAUAGCACACACAUUAUGCUACCUUUUAACAAACUCGACUGAACCUCCUGGAGAGCAAGUUGAGUUGGUGUCCAGAAGCCCACAGGAGCUGUAUGAGAUUACUUGUUUGAUUGGAGAGCUGAUGCCAAUGCUUCCCUCCGAUGGUAUCUUUGCAAUUGAUGGAGCUUUACAACGUCCAUCAGGAUGCGCUCAAGACACAGUAAUGUGGCAGUGGCAGGAUGACAGGGCAACAUGGCAGAACUAUUCCACUAGUGAUUCUAGGAUCAUUGAGCUUGCACACCAGUCUGGAGAGGAUGAGAUCAGUCUUUGCAUACAGAGCCGAGCUUACACAAUAGACUUUCAUUCAAUGCAGCAGAUAAAUGACAACUCUGGCACGAUGAGAUCUGUUCAGCGGCGCAUGAUGCCAGUUGGGUUAGCUGGGACUGUCAUAGCAGCAACUCAGGCCACGGAUGCAAGAGCAAAGUGCCUGCAGGAAGAUUCGGAUUUAGCAUCCAAUCUCAUUCGUUCAUUGUUUAGUUUAUUGUAUGAAGUCUACAGUUCCUCAGCAGGUCCAGCAGUGCGCUACAAAUGUCUGCGGGCAUUGCUUAGGAUGGUGCAAUUUUCAAGCCCUGAGCUUUUGCAACAAGUUUUAAAAAGUCAGAGUGUAUCCUCCCACCUAGCCACUAUGUUGUCAUCGCACGACCUGAAGAUUAUUGUAGGAGCUAUUCAGAUGGCUGAGAUCCUUAUGCAGAAGUUACCUGAAAUUUUUGCAAUUUACUUUAGAAGAGAAGGUGUAAUGCACCAGAUUAAGCGACUCUGUGACCCAGAUGCGACUUUAGGUCCUCCUCCUGCAAAAUGGAGCAGUCCUGAACUCUCCUUAGGGCCUGGCCGUGGAGGAACACCCAGCUCAGCUAGUCCACUUCUAACUGGACGACCAUUCAAUGGUAAUUGUUUAGACUCGACCCCAUCUCUUCCAACCCCACCAAGUCAGGAUGAAGAUAAAUUGCAGAGCCCAUCCCAGCUGCGUCUAGCUGAUGUGCUCAAGCGGAAACGAGCAACUCGUAUUCGAACUGGAAACUGGAGAAAGAGCAGACAAGAGGAAUCGCCUGCAUCGUCAUCAUUUAGUGAAUUCUUCAUGAAAAAUGCUGGCUUAGGUGGAGGACGAGAAAGCUGGAGAGGCAUGGGGAGUCGGACCAAACUAGUGGCAGGCACCAACAGUGGCAGUAGUAGUAGUGGUGGUGGGGGAAGCAGUAAAUCCUCUUUCCUUGCCAAUUUCAAUCCAUCACGUUGGGGAAGGUGCAGUUCUGCCACAUCAACACCAACCCAUGAAUCUCCUUCAGGAAAGGACAAACUAGUUGGUAAUAGUGUGAGCAACAGUAGCAGUAGCAGUAACAAGGAAGUGGUUCGUGUCUGGGUGAGGGAACAAGCGCAGCGUCUCAACCAAGAGUACUUCUCCACAGAGCUUCAGGGAGCCACACACCCUGCACUUAGUGUCCUAAAUAGACUUAUAGCAGCCAUACAGCAAUUGGAGCAAGAUCCAAACUGUGCUGUUAUAGCACUGAGGGAAAUCAGCAGAAUUGUGACUGAUAGUGAUAUCAGUCCCUUUGAGGUGAUACAUUCUGGGCUGGUGUGCUGCCUCUUGUCCUACCUCACAGCAUCUGAAAAUUCUACUAUGUCCCUAACACAAGAUGGAAGUUUAAUGGCAGCCAUUGGAGGCACAGGCAACAGCACAGAGAAUGGGAGCCUUACGUCUGUCAGCAUAAGCACACCGCGGGACACCCGACUCAGGAAUUUCCUUCACGUCUUCCUUGGUUGCCCAUUGGACCCAUUAAGCCUGGGCAAUGUGGACACCAGUCAUAUUGCAUUGUUCAGUGCCCUCGUGACAAAGCUCAAUGGGUGUGUCAACCAGUUGGAACAGUUCCCUGUGAAGGUCCAUGAUCUCCCAGGAACUGCUCUUUCAGGGGUUGGGAGAGGAGGCUCAACCUCUGCCAUCAAAUUUUUCAACACGCAUCAACUGAAGUGUAACCUUCAGCGCCAUCCAGACUGCACGAGACUGAAGCAGUGGCGAGGUGGGCCAGUAAAGGUUGACCCUCUGGCUCUUGUACAGGCUAUUGAACGUUAUUUAGUUAUCAGAGGUUAUGGUCGACUCAGGGAUGAAGACGAUGACAACUCCGAUGAUGACAAUUCUGAUGAGGACAUAGAUGAUACACUGGCUGCAGUAUCUGUCAACCAGAGCUCUUCAAGUCAUAAACUCCAGUUUGUCAUUGGUGAUCACGUCUUGCCGUACAAUAUGACCGUUUACCAAGCCAUUAGACAGUUCUCCUCACCAUCUGAUGCCAGUGCCUCUGAAGCAGACACUGAUACAGAAACCCCCAUCUCACAUUCAGCCAUAUGGCUUCAAACCCAUACAAUUUAUUAUAGACCUGUACAAGAGGAGGAGCAAAGUCGAAGUUCAGGAGGAAGGAAGGGCAAGGCGGGAGGUUCAAAGCCCAGCCCAAAGAAAAAAGCAGAUGCCCAUGUUGGAGAUGGUAGUAUUGUGGGAGGAAACAAUAGUGUUCUGGACCAGUACCUGACUGCUAGCCUACCAGCCAGUGUGACUGUAAGUGACCCGAGCUUAGAAGUGCUGGCAUUGUUGCGAGUUCUCCACGCUCUCAACCGCCAUUAUGGUGCCCUCUACCCCCCAGCCACUUACCCGUCCCCACUACCAACUGCUGAGUUCACAAACCUGAAACUGACAGCCAAAGCAAAUCGGCAGUUGCAGGACCCUCUGGUGAUAAUGACUGGCAAUGUACCACCGUGGUUGCCUCAGAUUGCUUAUGCAUGUCCUUUCCUGUUUCCAUUUGAGACUCGACAAUUACUGUUUUAUGCAGUGUCCUUUGAUCGGGACCGAGCUUUACAACGACUUAUGGACUCUUCUCCUGAGCUCAACUCUGUGGAUAGUAGUGAAAGAGUAACCCCAAGACUUGAAAGACGUAAGAGAACUGUCUCUCGUGAUGAUAUUCUCAAGCAGGCAGAGGCUGUGAUUAGUGAACUGGCUUCUUCAAGGGCCAUGCUAGAAAUUCAGUAUGAAAAUGAAGUUGGUACAGGCCUAGGACCUACUUUAGAAUUUUACGCUCUUGUAUCCAAAGAACUCCAGAAAGCUGAUCUAGAGCUUUGGCGGGGUGAAACAGUGACAGUGGAAGAAAGAACUGAAGAAAAUAGAGGAAAGGCAGUGAAAUACGUGAAUGCCAGUCAAGGCUUGUACCCAAUGCCUGUACCCAGAAACAUGAAAUCUGCCCAAAUGACUAAGUUAAGAGCAAAGUUCAGAUUCCUUGGAAAGUUCAUGGCUAAAGCUGUUAUGGAUUCCAGAAUGCUGGAUCUUGGUCUUCAUGAAUGUGUGUACAAGUGGCUCCUUGCUGAAGAAUGGUCUCUGGGUCUUGGUGAUGUUGUUUCUUUAGAUCCAACGUUGGGCCAGACCCUCACACGCCUUCAUGCUACAGUUUUACAAAAGAAACGUAUAGAAGCUCAGGCUGAACAGGAAGGAAUCUCAGGGGCUGAGUUACAGGCUCGUCUGGAAGCCCUGACUGUAGAUGGAUGUAGUGUGGAAGACCUUGCGCUGACCUUCACAUUACCUGGCUAUCCUAACAUUGAGUUCCGAAAAGGUGGCUCAGACAUUGCUGUCACUGUACAUAACCUUGAUCAGUACCUACAGCUUGUUAUUGAGUGGCUGGUCCGUGAAGGAGUCAGAAGGCAGAUGGAGGCCCUUCGUGAAGGGUUUGAGUGUGUCUUUCCCUUGACUCAGCUCCGAGUCUUCUACCCUGAAGAGCUUGAGCAACUGUUCUGUGGCUCCUCGGAUGCCUCGAAAUGGGACAUGAAGCAACUUGCUGAAUGUUGCCGUCCAGAUCAUGGAUAUACGCACAACUCUAGGGCGGUUAAGUUCUUGCUGCAGAUUAUUGCAGACUACACACCAGCUCAGCAGAGAUCCUUCUUACAGUUUGUUACAGGUUCACCAAGGCUGCCUGUUGGAGGUUUCAGAAGUCUAUCUCCAGCACUUACCAUUGUAAGGAAAACUUUUGAAGCAGGAGAAAACCCUGACGAUUUCUUACCUUCGGUGAUGACCUGCGUUAACUACCUGAAACUACCAGACUACUCCAGUAUUGAUAUUAUGAGUGCCAAAUUGGAGAUAGCGGCCAGAGAGGGCCAGCACAGCUUCCACCUCUCAUAGGAAGUUUUUGGACCGGCAGAUGAUGCUCAACCCACCAAUUUUUGGGCUUCACAUUGUGAUAUUCUAUGAUUUUUAUUUAUUUUUUAAAUUUUAUUAUUUUUAAUUUUUUUAUUUAUUUUUUUUUUUUUUGUCAAUUACUACCUUGUUUAUUUGUUUUUUGUUUUGUAUUUGUUUUUUGUUUUUAUGUAUUUGGUGCAUUGUGUCCAACAUCAAUUCAUCCUUAAGGUAGAGAGUGACAAGAAGAGUCAAAGCUGGUGUGAAUAUGCUUUUAAGCUCUUGGAACGAAUGCCGAAAGGCAAGCAUUUACAGUACUGAAAAAGGAAGCAUGGGAGUGACAACUAAUUCUCAUUUGUGAUUUAUAUAGCAUUCCUGGGGAUGUAUUCUUUAUUGUGCCUGGUGACAGUUUCUCAAGGUAUCUCCAUCUCAUGGCCCAAGCCUCAACUCUACAGUUUUAAUUUAUUAUGUGAAUAUGUAGACCAAUAGUUAAACUAAAUCAAUGCUGGGUGUUCAGUGAUAAAAUCUCAGCUUGUCAUAGAUAUAUGUAUAUGAAAAUUGAAAAGUUAAUUGUUUGAUCACAACUACCAUUUAUUAUUCUGGACACUUUUAAAAGACAUUAGAGAAGGAGUUUACUGUAUUUGUGGAAAGUGAACUGUGAUAUCCCCAUUUUUCAAUUUUCCACAAGCAGCUUGGCUUCAGACAGCUGGUUUUGGUUUCAGCUACGUAGUGAUUGUGAUGUUGGGCACGCUGGAGAACUAGGAUCCAAGCACAUUUUUUAUGGAAGAUUUCAGGCCGUGGAUUUUCAUCAGUUUGUGUGUAUUCAGAUGAAGACAUAAUCUCACAGAGCAUUAAGAUGAUAAAUGAUCUCGUCAUUGUUUCCAUUUGGAGAAUGUCGUGUUUGUUUUCUUGUUUUUAUGGCCCACGUUUUAUUGGUAUGUUGUUAAGGUGUGGGUCAUUGGUAGGAUUUAAUUUAAUUUUUUUGUACAUAUGAUUUACUCAUUUUAAAUGAGACCAAAAGGCAAUUUAGUUUGGUUAGUGGACAAUGACAAAGUAACCAUCUGAGGAUUAUUUGUGGGGGAUCUCUCUCAGUAACAUUGCUUAUAAAUGUCAAUCCUAGUCAUUUGAAAGAUAGCAUCACAGUGGACCCAAAUGUAUUGCAGUAAAAGCUUUUGUGAAACAGAUUCAGCAAGGCCAAGAUGCAAUUUUUUCUGUAAUUGUAGAUUUAAUACUUGAGAAAAAUUAUUUUCAAUCCUUUACAAAAUGCAUUCAUUUUCUGGGAUAUUAUUUAAUUACCAUGCUCCUCUGAGAAUUUUGUAUAAAGCUUUGAUUUUUUUUUCUCCUGUCAGAACUGCAGGUCAGUUAAAAAUGGAAGAGUGGGCAUUAGUUGAUUUACAGAGACAAGAAUUAGUGGGCGGAGUGUACCAUGAGCUACAGUGAAAUACUACAUAUAAUAUGCUGUCACUGCAUUCAGUAACUUGUUUGAGGAGGAGAAGGACUUGCCCAAACUUUGGUAGGUUAUUAGUAAUGUUCCCGAUUUAUAUUUUGGUGAUACCAGAUUUGAUUGUGUUCUAAUUUUUCAGAUAAGCAUUGACAGCAGAUGUGAAUGAAGUUUUUGAGAGCUCUUGAUGCCUUAUGGAUGAAAGGAGCAUGGUUACAAAAAAAUAAAAAAUAUAAAAAAGAAAAAAAAAAUGCAUAGCAACCACAAACCUUUGUCAGCAGUGUUGCAUUGGUGUCAGACACACCUAUUUUAGUUAUCACUCAAACCAUCUGCAGUAUUGAGUCCAUCUUGAUUUGCUGUUACUUUUGGGUAUUCUUUUGUUACUUGAGACCUGCUGGAUUGGCCGUAAAAAACAAUUGCUCUCAAAGUUUGUUUAUUUUUUAUUGUUAAAUGAAUAACUUUUAUUUAUUAGUAGUAUUUUUUUUAUUUUAUUUUUUUGGGCAGUCUGCAUCACAGGUGUUGAACCAUGAGCUUUUUUUUUUUUCUUCUUCUUCUUCUUUGUCUUCUUAUUCUUCCUUCUUUAUGUGUGGAGGAAAGACAGGUUGAUUUGUAUGUCUGAAUUGAGCAUAACUAAGUUCAGUAAUUAUGAAUUCCGAUGACUUCCUCAGCACAGGCUUUUGGGUCAUUGGUUUUUGAGUGAACAUUGGUAUUACAGUGAUGCCCAUGCUUUUGCACCUGUCAUUCUGAACUGGCCAUACAUUGAUGCUCCCGGCAUGUCCAUUAUAUAUAUCUUUUGAGUACAUGUCAUGUUUAUCAGUGCCUACCUUAAAUUGAUGUAUAUUGUAAGUAUAUAAAGAAAUCACAUAACUGUAAUACACAGUACAUAAUAGUUUUUACAGAAAACAAAUGUGAUAAUGUAAUCAGUACCCAAGAACAUGUCGCUAUGAAUGUGUAAGCGAAGUUUUUGUAUUUGCCUUGUGAACCUCAGUUUAUUAUGGUAGUAACUUUUGUGAUAGUAAUUUUUUUAGUCACUUUCUUUUUGUGUGUCAUUGAGUAUUAAAUUCAGCACAUGU